AUGUCCGGCAGGAUCGUCAUCGUUGGGGCCGGAUUCGCAGGUGUCUGGAGUGCCCUUGCGGCCAAACGUCUCAUCAACAUCCACAGCCAGGCCGAAGCAUUCAAAGUCACUGUCUUAGCUCCACAGCCAUCUCUUGUCAUGCGACCACGACUUUACGAAGAGGAUCCGUCGAGCAUGAGCCAGGAUCUCGAACCACUAUUCAAGGCAUGCGGCAUCGAAUUCAUCCAUGGUAGCGUCGAUGAUAUCGAUGUCCACUCCCACACAGUUUCUUAUAGGUCCAGCGCAGGCACAGAGCAUCUUGCCUCGUAUGACCGUCUCAUUCUUGCAGCUGGAAGCUCGGUUGUUCGGCCAAAGCAAAUAUCUGGACUUGAGCAGCAUGCGCAUGAUGUUGAUUCGAUGGAAGGCGCCGUCAAACUCGAAGUGCAUCUCAACCGCCUUGGAAGCUAUCCAUCAACCACUGCUCGCGACACUGUCGUCGUAUGCGGCGCUGGUUUCACUGGAAUUGAGCUAGCGACAGAAUUGCUCAAACGUCUGAGUUCAAUCCAGAAUCCGCGAGUUAUCUUGGUGGAGGCGGCGGGAGUGCUUGGUCCAGAGCUGGGACCGGGUCCUCGACCUGUCAUCACCCAAGCACUGGAAGAGCUUGGCAUAGAACUCAGACUCGCCUCGCCUAUUACAGCGGUCGAUUCAGGAGGUGUUCAGCUUGCUACUGGCGAGAAAAUCGAGACUAUGACGACCAUUUGGACCGCGGGAGUGCGGGCAACACCUUUGACGCAGAAGAUCCAUGGGCCCAAGGAUAAGCUAUCGCGCCUUCACGUCGACCGCUACCUGCGUGCCACAUCAUCAGAGCACGUUUUUGCUACUGGAGAUGCUGCUUGUGCUGCUUCUGACAACGAUGGUCACUAUGCAUUGAUGUCCUGCCAGCACGCUCUUCAGCUUGGCCGUGUUUCGGGAUACAAUGCCGCCGCAGACCUCCUGGGACUUCCUCUUUACGAGUACAAGCAGGAAUCCUAUAACUGUUGUCUUGAUCUUGGCGCAUGGGGAGCCGUCAUUACGGGUGGUUGGGAAAGAAAAGUACGGCUUACAGGGGAGCCGGCGAAGCAGGCCAAGAUGUAUAUCAAUCAGACGUUGAUAUACACACCUGAGGACUGUCAUCGGGCGAUGGAAGCGGCCACGCCUGUCGGACCUGACUCUGACGAGUUAUUCAAGCAAAUCAUGGAGGCCUUUAAAAAAGGGUUGAUUUCAUGA